CCGCUUAGUUUGAAACUUAAGUCAGAGAGGUAAAAGCCCAAGAAGCAAUCUGUAAAACCGAAAUAAAUAAAAUAGAAAGAACCUUAUUUUGCAAAGUUGCAAUUGACCCGUGCAGUCAGCUGUACCAGUUCAGGGAAUGCCUGGGAAACACAUUGUUUAAAAUCAAUACUUUUAUGAAAUGCAAAACUUUUUUUUUAAGUGCAAAAGGAUUUGUGGCUGGAUUUUGUAGACACUCCAGGGUCUGGUCGUUUAGGAGAGCCUUCCAGGAAAACAAAAUACUACCGUUUAUUUUCCGGAAUGAGUUCGGAGGGUGAGAGGAGUGAGCAGGCGCCGGGGUUGCGACUGGAGGCGGUCAUUCAGAAGCUGGAGGACACGCUGCUGAACCCAGACUCCAGUGGGGAGGAGAAGGCUCUGACAGUUCAAGGAGAGGGGCAGGGCGGUGCAGCCACCCCCAUCCCAGCACGCAUCCGCGAGAUCGUCACCCGCAACCUGAAAGAGGAAAAACACGAAGCCCCCCAGGAAAUGCCUCCCCUCGGCUCGCUGCAAGAGGAGAACCGGCUGUUGCAGCAGGAGCUGUGGCGCAUCGAGGACCUUCUCUCUCAAACCCGCGCCGAGCGAGAUGAGCUGCUCAUCAAGAACCGAGCCAUCAGCGACCGGCUGGAGCGGUCCCUGGCUCUGGAGACUGGAGAGAAGGAGCAGGAGGCAUCUGUCCAGUCACUGAGGCGCAAGUUUGAGGAGGAGGAGAGAGCCUACAAGCAGAAGCUCCAGGCCUACCAAGAUGGGCAGCAGCGACAAGCCCAGCUUGUCCAGAAACUGCAGACCAAGGUACUCCAGUAUAAGAAAAGAUGCGGGGAGUUAGAGCAGCUGGUGCUGGAUAAAACCUCUGAGUCAGAGAAACUGAAACACUCGAUACAGAUCCGUCUGGACUCGGCCGAGUCUCGCCUGCGCCGCACGGAGCACGAGCACAGCACUGACCUGGAGAGCUCACUCAUCCAACUAGAGGAGGAGCAGCAGAGGUGUUCCAGCCUCGCCCAGGUUAAUACUCUACUACGCGAGCAGCUGGAGAAAGCGAACGCAGCCAAUCAGAGACUGAUAGAGAAUGUGCGUAAAGUGAAGGAGGAAGUGGAGGACCGAGAGGCCAGACUGCGCAGGGAACAAGAGAUAUUUGCCUCACGCCUCACCCGGGAGCACGCCCGUGUGUUGGCCGUGUGGCGCCAGGCUGCUUCUCUACGGAAUGACUUCAUCGAACUGCGUGCCUCCACUGACAGGAGCCUCUCAGAGAUUCAGACGGAUUCCACCCGGGUGGCUCGUCGGCUGCAGACAGCCUGCCUGAACCUGGAGUCCAACCUGUCUGAGAAGGGCUCCCCCGCAGGCCAGGAGGUGCAACAGCUGGAGCAGCAGCUGAGAGACAAGCUGAAAGAGGCCAUGCAGCUUCAGAGCCGUUGGGAGACAGAGAAGGUGGAGCUCAACUCCAGAAUUCUGGAGCUGACAGAGAUGGUGAAGCACCUGAAAUCUCAGGGAUCUGAGAAGGAGAAAAAUGUGAUGACACUCCGGGCGACCGUGAAGACAAUGGAGGCGAGCCAAGCUGAAGACUCCUCUGAGAUCGAGGCUCUUAAAUGCGAGAUUGAAAAUCUACAGCAAGUCCUCCACAGCAUCACUCAGGUGGCUCGAGCUGAUUCAGAGAGUGCGUUCUCCUCAGACGGUGACUCACCGCUGCGUGCUCCCUCGCGACACCCCUCUCCCAUCCGCGCUCGCUCACCCCUGCGCAGCUCCUCCCCUUCCUUCCGAGACUCCACCCUGGCAGCGGUCCAGAGCGCACUGCAGCGACGCCAGCUCCAAGUGCAGGAGCUGCACGUGCGUCUAGAAGGCGCCCAGGAGCAGACGGGGGCCCUGCGCAGGCAGCUGACAGACGGGGACACCGAAAGGAGGGCCCUGGAGCAGAGACUCCAGCAGCUAAGGCUGGAGAGCCAGCAGGCUGAGCGAGCCAUGGAGGAGAGCAAGAGAGACAGCCAGCGCUACCGCUCUUCGCUGGAGAUCAUUGGGAGUGAGAAGGGCAACCUGGAGAAGCUGAUCCACAGCCUGAACCAGCAGAUCGACUCCCUGCAGGGUGACCUGGAGAAGCUGAAGGGAGUGAACCUUGACCUCCAGCGCCAGAGAGACCACCUAGAGGACCAGAGGGACGACCUGGAGAGAGAGAGCGAGCGUGGCCGCAAGGAGGUGGAGCGAAGUCAAAAGAGCCUGGAGCAGCUGGAGCUGAAGAACUCGAGCCUGAGGAAGGAGCUGGUGACUCUGAAGGAAGCCCUGAGCCAGGUCACCCUGCACAAGGAGGUGCUGGAGAAUGAGAAAGCAGGCCUGAGCACAGCACUCGCCAAGGUGGAGUCGCAGUGUGGAGAGCUGGAGCUCACCCACAACAAGCUGCAGAGUGAGGAGGCCACGCUGCGGGAUUCACUGGCCAAGAUGGGGGCUCUCAACGAGGGGCUGGCCAAGGACAAGGUGGCACUGAACCGCCUCAUCCUGCAGAUGGAGUGUGAGAAGGCCCAUCUGGGGGAGCAGCGGCAGGAGGUGGAGCAGGAGCGCGUGGCGGCCAGGGAGGAGGUGUCCCGGCUGGAGAAGGAGCUGCUGGACCUGAGCACGGAGAAGCACGCUCUGAAGAACCAGCGGCACAGCCUGGAGGAGAGCCGCCAGAGACUGGAGCAAGAGCUGGGCCAUCUCCGCAGAGAGAAAGCACAGAUCCAGGAGCAGCACGCUCAGGUGAGCCGGCAGAGGCAGAGCCUGUCCGAGCAGCUGACCCAGAGCUGCAGGGAGAUGGAGAGCCAGGCCGAAGCGCUCCUGCGGGCUGUCCGAGAGAAGGAAGAGCUGGCCAAGGACAGGGCUGGCCUGAGCGUCCAGCUGACCGCUGCAGAGCGCGAGAGCCGGGGGCUGGCUGAAGAGGUGGCAGCACUGAGGGCGGAGAAGGAGACACUGGAGACGGCUCUGUUUGACGCACAGCAGCUGGUCUCGGCACUGGAGGGACGUAAGAGCCAGCUGGAGGGAGAGAACCAGGCCCUGCUGGUUACUCGGGAGACUCUCACAGGGGAGGUGGAUCGUGUGCGAGCCGAGGCUGAGCUGCAGGUCACGAAGCUGGGGAGAGACCGGGAGCUGCUGGGGGCCAGGCUGGCACAGACUGAGAGAGAGGCACAGAUUGCCAUGGGCAAUACAGAGCGUGCGCACAGAGAGGAGAUGGACCGGGCCAGGAAAGAGAAGGAGAGCCUGUGUCUGGAGCUAACAGCGGAGCGGGAGGAGGCAGUGCGCAGGCUGCAGCAGGAGCGCGAUGACAUCACGGCGCACUGCGAGGCAGAGAAGAAGGAGCUGAAGGAGGAGAUCGGUGCCCUGCAGCAGGACAGGGAUGAGAGCCUCAUUCUGGCAGAGAACGAUAAACAACAGGCGCUGUCCUUGAAGGAGUCAGAGAAGACGCUGCUGGCGGAGAAGCUGGCGAAUGCUCAGCGGAAUCUUGCCAGCGUUACUAUGGAGAUGGAGCGCGUGCGGAGAGAGGCGCUGAGCUGCCAGGAACAGGACAAGGUGAGCUGGGGUCCCAGGGGACUGAGGGAGGACAGGGGUCUUUCACAGGAGGACAGAGUUCAGAACACUCAUAUUUCCUCUAUAAACACUGCAAGUCUUCAUAUCUGCGCAGCAGCUUCUGACAGUGGUGACGCAUUCGUUCAAUCUUGUUAUUCUCACGAUGCUCCAGGACACAUGAACAGCAUCACGUCAGAGAUGAGGACACUGAGGACUCAGUUUGAGGACGCGGUGUCGGGCCACGAGCGCGAGGUGCGGAGUCUGAGCGAGCAGAUCAAGGACCUGGCCCAGCAGAGAGAGGGGGCGCUGCGGGAGCGACGAGGCCCGCGAAAAGGAGGCCAUCUUACACUCUAACGAGGAGCUGAGGGGUAGCGUGAAGCGAGCAGAGAGCGACAGGAGCAGUCUGAAGAGAGGGAAUGAGGAGAAAGAGCAGAGACUGGCGAUCCUGGAGGAGUCGAAAGCCUCCCUGCAGAAGGAGGCAGCUGAGCUAAGAGGCAGCCUGAGGGAGGUGGAGAAAUCACGACUCGAGGCUAGACGAGAGCUACAGGAGCUGCGCAGACAGGUGAAGCUCCUGGACAGUGAGAAUGCGAAGCGCAGUAAGGAGCUGGGUGAGCUGCAGGCGCGGGUCUCCCAGGAAGAGCAGAGAGAGGAGGAGAGCCGCCGGGAGAUCUUCAGCCUCAAACAGAGGAUAGUCGAGACAGAGACCUGCAAGGAGUCUGCCUUCAAAGAGGUGGCGCUGCUGCAGCAGCGGGUGGCGGAGGUGGAGUGCGAGGCGCGGCUGCGUGAGAAGGAGCUGCAGGGACGUGUGGAGGAGCUGCAGGAGGGGGAGCGGCGGCUGCAGGAGAGCACGAGGGAGCUGCAGGGGGCGUUGCAGCGAGCAGGAGUCCAGGCCGGAGACCUUGCCCUGCAGCUCAGCACCUCUAAGGCUCGGGAACACGGGCUGGAGGUCGAGCUGGGCAAGGCAGAGUCCACAAGAAGAGAGCUGGAGUUCAGACUGGGGGGCCUGCACUCCGCCCUGCGGCGCACACUGGGCAUCACCCGCACAGGCAGGGCACAGAGCCCAGGGGCACGGGGCCGCAGCCCCUCACCCAGGAGAGGGGCUUCUCCACUGAAAGGUAUGGACAGCCUGGACGGACUGCGCAGCUCCAGCCCCUCCGGAAGCCGCGGCAGCUCCCCCUUGCGCUCGCUGUCCCCCUCGCGUGGUGGGGAGGGGGACCUGGACCCCGAGGUGGUGCGGGCCGCGCUCAGAGACUUUCUGCAGGAGCUGCGUGAGGCUCAGAGAGACCGGGAUGAAGCUGAGAUCCAGGUGCUGAACCUGACCCGCCAGUUGGGGGAACUAGAGAGCGAUCGAGACCGCACCAACGCUCGCAUCCAGCAUCUGCAGAAAUCACUGUCCGAGUCUGAGGAAGGGAAGCGGGGUGCGGACGGCCGGCUCAGCGGUGCUCAGACGGCCCUCAUGCUGCAGGAGGAGGCGAUUCGGCGUGGGGAGAGCGAGAGGAAGGCACUGGGGGAGCAGGUGGCUUCCCUGGAGCGCAGUGUACAGACAGGAGAGGCAGAGAAGAGAGAUCUGCAGGGGAAGCUGGGCUGGAUGCGGACGCAGGAAGGGAAGCUGGAGGCAGAGAGGAGGAAGCUGAAGGAGGCCCUGGAUGCGUCAGAGAGCCGCGGGACCAAGCUGGAGCUGUCCCAGCGUGCCCUGGAGGGGGAGCUGCAGCGGCUGCAGAUGACGGCGAGCGAGCGGGACACAGAGGUGGUGGCGCUGCAGGAGCAACUGGCUGUGCUGAGCAGGGAGCUGAGGCACAGCGAGGACAAGGCAGCCUCCCUGCAGGUCUCCGUGGAGAGGCUAAGCGUGGCGUUGGCCCGCACUGAGGAUGGAGAGAGCCAGCUAAAGGACAAGGUGCAGAGCCUGUCCCUCUCGCUUGGCGACACUAGCGCCAACGCCGAGGCCCUACAGGAGCGCCUCUCCCAGCUGCAGAAAGCUCUGAUGUCCAGCGAACAGGAUCGCAGGCUGCUACAGGAGCACCUGGACUCUGCCCGGGAGUCUCUGUCGGAGUGUAAGAAGCAGAACCACGUCCUGACGGAGAGGCUGCAGACCCUGCAAGGAGAGCAGGAGGACGCAGACCUGCGAUGCCUGGAGCUGGAGGGGCAGAGCAAGCACCUUCAAGAGAUGCUGCGACAGCGGCAGGGCAGCGAGCAGGGUGCUCUGGAGGGCUCGCGGCGGCUGGAAGAGGACAGGCAGGCCCUGCAGGAUCGAGUUAAUACGCUGCAGAGGACCGUCGCACAGCUGGAGAGCGAGCGCCACGACAUGGAGAGAGCAGGAGUCCGUCUGGAGAAGGACAAGGCCGCUUUGAGAAAAACCCUUGACAAGGUUGAGCGAGAGAAGAUGAAGCAGGAGGAACAAGCCAUACGCCUGGGAGUGGAGAGGGGGCAGCUGGACCAAUCACUGAGCAGCGUGGAGCAGGAGCUUGUGGAUCUGCAGGCCCAAGUACAGCAGCUGCAGGCACAGAUCUCAGAUCUGGAGCGUGCGCACACACAGCGCCUCCUGGAGGUGACAGCGCGGCACCGUCAGGAGAUGGAACUGGAGACAGAGCGGCUGCACGACGCCCAGGAACAGGCCGCGCGAGGCCUGGAGGCACGGGAGAGAGCCCAUCGGCAGCGUGUCAAGGGGCUGGAGGAGCAGGUAGCCACUCUGAAGGAGCAGUUGGACCAAGAGAUGAGGCGCAGACAGGCCUACGUCAACCAGAUUCUGCGACCCGGAAUGUAACCUGUCACCUAGCAACAGACUGGGAGUGCCCUGCUCUCCAGUCCAGUCACCACCUUCAUAUGCAGGCCCUUGGACUUGGGCUACAGUUUAAACUUGUAUUUAAUCACUGGUUCAGAAGAAGUUCGUUACUCUGUCUCUAGUCUAUCCCACUAACAAGAAAUAAGAUUAAUUUUAUUUAAAUUAUUUAUAUUUGUAGUAGUAGAAGUUGUUGUAGUAGUAGUAGUAUAUUAUAAUUAAUAUUAGUAGUAUUAUAAUUGGUAAUGAGCCACAUAACAACAUUGCAUUAUGAGUUGCCUCAUUAUAGUUGCCAUGCUAUACAAAAUCUAAAUAUUAUAUUUCAAACACACCAUACUGAAACAUUGGUAAGCUGGGUCCGCAGAACAAACUAUUAUUAUUAUUAUUAUUAUUAUUAUUAUUAUUAUUAUUAUUAUUAUUAUUAUUAUUAUUAUUAUUAUAACUAUAACUAGAUAGCAAUCAACAAUCAUGUUUCAAUGUCAUGUGUUAUGUUGGCAGUGAUUGAUCAACAGACCCUCACUAUCUAAAGUUUUGCAUCAGUGUGAAGCAGACAGGCGUGUUCCCACCUGUCCUCUAUGUUUCCCCCUAUUUCAUGACUGUUCAGCAGCAUCAGUGCUCUAUAAAAGUUUACCAGAGUUUUGUUCAAGUUUCUGUAAAACAGUAAACCACAAUAAAGAGUUGCAUGCUGUGAGUCAUCGUGGUCUCAGAACCACAUCGUAUGAAUUAGGGUUUCCAUGCAUAGUAUGGAUUUUCACCAGCACACUCUGUAAGAUAACGGAGCACAAAGAAACUGCAUAUUGGAAUUGCAAGUCAUCUCUUUUGGAUUGAUUGUUUAAAUACCUGGUUAUCGUAGCACAUCUUGUGAUCAUUUGCUAAUGACUAGUUUUAAAGUGCUAUCGUUAUUUCAGGUUGGUUUAGUUUACAGAGGCUCAAACAUUACUUACGAAUAAAAAAAGACCUUUGUUCACCAUAAACUAAUAUUUAAUCCCUCAUAUAAUGACUGUAAUUGUUAGAUUGUUGUUGUUAUCCUGUUUUGUAAUACUGCGUUGAUUAAUUACCGUAACUGAUUACACAAUGGAAGCAGAAUGACUGAGGUCACUCUGAGCUGCUGUAAUGUGAGUUGGUGCAGCUCACAGCUGCUGUGACACCAGCACAGGAAGGCCUGCUGUGAUGUCAGUGAGCCAGAACAGGCCAGGGCUCUGCUGGGGUCAUUGUUACAGUAGGGUUCAAGUGCUUCUCUUGUUUCAAGUUCUGUUAAAGUCCCCAGGGACUGCCUUGCAGAGAUUCUGAUUGUUUUCCAGCAGCAUCACCCCUCACACCUGGCUAGGAUCAUGGCAUGGAGUCAGCGUUUCCAACCCACAUGAAAAAUACACUUUAUAGAAGAAUGACUGUGGCAACAGUUAACCCUGGUCUGUCUUGCGGGUAUUACAUAGCAAACCGUGAAUGCUAUGGCAUGUUUUCACUAAGGCAAGCAGAAUUUUUGUCUCCUUAUAGCAACUGUUCAAAACUUUUAUUUUUUUUAAUCAUGCCCCACUUUAGCUCAAAUAUCCUGUCUCACCGGUUGAGACCCUGUGUCUAAAGGCUGCUUCAUACUUCAAUCGUGCAGAAAACAAACCAUGUGAUACAGAAAUCUCCGCAAAAGACUUGUGUGAUUCACGUUACUGUCCGACCCAAAUCUUUUGAAACCAUAUUGUUACACUGUUCAAUCAUGAUCAGUCCUGAUUUGGCAUUGAGUAUCGGUACCACAUUUGCGUGAGUCUCCUGGCUUUAUCAAUUUGUCAAACAUCUUUGUCAGUGGGCUGUAGAGAAUAUCCCAUUUCUUCCAGUACUCUUGGGUAAAUGCCAUCUGGUUUGAGGGAUGUGUUGGUCUUGAGAGCCCCCAGUACUCUUAGUACUUUGGUUUGAUUUAUAUGUAUCCAGCAUAGUGUAAGGAUGUCCUCACUGUGAGAGCCUGUAUAAAGUAGUCAUUCAAUACUUAUGUUAUUGCUUCAUCAUCCUCAACUAUGUUUCCCCUUUUGACAUUUUCCUCUACUGUACUUUUACAGUUGUGGUAGUGGAAGACCUUUUUCUGGCUGCUUACCAUGCAGUAAUACUCUGAGAUUCCACAGGCCAGCAUUAUUAUUAUUAGUCAUUUUAAUAAUUAUGUAUAAAUAUAUAUUACUAUACAUUGUAUGCAAUGGUGUUUUAUUUAACGUUUGGUCCAUAGUGAAAUAUUAUAAACAUUAAAAUGUAUAUGUUUUACUUAAAAUGUUAUACAAACGCUUAUUUAUAAGAUCUAUUAGAAACUGAUAAGCCAUAAGAAUGUGUAACAAUACCCGUGCCUUUGUUGUCAAGAUUCACUUCUUAAUUAUAACUUUCACUGUAUUUAUAGAUUUUGUACCCUGUGUGAUUAAACUUGUAAUGCUUUUGAUUUCAUUUUAUAAACUAUACUUUUGAUUUAAUAAAAAGAGGAUUCAAAGGUU